ACGAGGCCAAUAUGGCGGCCGGACAAACGUCUGGUAGUAAGAACCUAAACGAUUUUGAAUCUGUUUUAGAACUCGUUCAUCGACAAGCAAAUAAAUUUUUCACAGGAAUGCAAGUGAGGUCUGGUAUGUCAUAUUCUAUAGAAGAUGCAAAAACGGAUUUAGAUGGCUUGUCAAAGCUCACCGACACCUUACAUGAGAAGCUUCUGUCAUCAGGUGUCAAUGCCAUCCCAUUAGACUCUGAAAUGUUACAACUGGAUUAUCAUGCAACAGUUAGAAAAGGACAAGAGGAAGCUGACCUCAACAGGAUUACCUUACAGAGGGUGCAAACAAACUGCGCGGCAUUGAAUAAAGCAAUGAAUAUACCAAGGAAGUCAUAAUUUAGCCAAAUGUUGCCAUAAACUUGAGGACUGUUUUGAUGCAUCAACAACAGGGUUUUCUCAAAUCUUAGGCCUUUUCACUUUCAAGAUCUUGACAGUACUUCUCCUUACUGUCUGCCAAGCAUUUCUUACAAUUUUAGCAAUGAGAAUUUUGUGUUAAAUCAAAUAUCCCUUGGUUGAUAUUUUACUAGAUUCUCAUUGCCUGCCUGGUUGACAGUGGCUUGGCAUUGUAUUGAGAAUUAACCUCUUGGCUACUACUAGGAAGGAAAAGGUUUAUGUAGGUAGAUGUUGCUGAAAUAGAGUGGGUAUUCAUCUCUAUCUACAGUGUUCUUCCAAGACUUCUUUUGUAGCAAGCCAUAAAUUAAGCAACUUAACUCUUUAACUACCAGAUCAAUCCUUACUGUCAACCAUACAAUUCUUAUAAUGUUAAUUCGGAGAAUUUAGUAUUGGAUCAACUUAU